CACAAACUAUGUUAAAUUCAUAAUGCCCUCUUGAGUAUUGUUUACAAGAAUUCAGAAGCAAAGUGCGUUGGCUAUUGGACAGAUUGGUCACAUCUCACGAGAAUAUUUUCAACCGUACUGCUAAACUUAGAUCAUCAUUAAUUCAGAACGGCGCAGAGCAGUUGUCGCAGUCAUACGGCCGGAAAAACGCAAUUUGAAUCGCGUAAGAGAAAAAGGUUCGCUCUUUCUUUUUAAAUGAAGCUUCAACGGGGUACAUUCUAAAGUAUAACGAUAAAAAAUGUCUCAUACAUCCUCUUGGAGUUACACUGAUAAUGAAUUCGGUCCUCACACUUGGCAGGAUCGCUACAAAGUCGCCGAAGGUAAUUUGCAGUCUCCGAUUAACAUCGACACCGAAGCAGCGAAAGGAGACACCAUCGUGGAAGCGAUUAAGUUCAAUUACUUGCCCAUGAAGAACAGCACCAUUACUAAUGAUGGACGACAUUUGCAAAUCACAUUAUCAAGAAAUGAUUCAGUUAUAACAGGAGGCCCAUUGACAGACACAUACCAAUUGGCUAUCAUACGCUUCCGCUGGGGUCAUGACAACAACUCCGGAUCGGAACACGCAAUCAAUGAUCAAAAUUAUCCAUUGGAGGUUCAGCUCAUCCAUUGGAACAAAAAGCUGUACAAAAAUAUUGGUGAAGCUAUGGGAGGAGAAAAUGGCUUAUGUAUCAUAGGACUUCUGUACCAGGUGUCAGAUGAUGACAAUGAGGGCUUACUGCCAGUUAUAAAAUUGCUCUCUAGAGAGGAAAAUAAGGGCUGCUUUUCAUUGGAGGUGAAAUCUACCAUCGAUCCAACUUGCUUUAUAAAAGAUAUGACAUCAUACUGGACAUAUCAAGGCUCGCUCACGACUCCUCCAAUGAGUGAGAAUGUCACAUGGAUAAUAUCAGAAAGUAUCAUGAAAAUAUCCGAGAAACAGCUAAGUGCGUUUCGUAAUGUUCGCAACAGUUGUGGGGAACUUAUGGCUGGUCACUGCAGACCCCUUUGUCCAUUGAAUGGGCGACCCGUUAGGCUCUGUGUCAUGAAUAACAAUAACAAUAUCGAAGACCACCAAGAAAAUGAUGACAUUCUCGCUAAGGACUGCGACGAUGACAAAGAAAAUGAGAUUUUAGAUGAGAAUGCGAAUCAUAACUGUGACGAUAAUGGGCCAGAUGGGACAGACAAGGGCUACUUUGAGGACAUCUACAAGUUGGAAGCGAUGGGCGACCAUGUCGACCUGGAGGCGCAUUAGGUAAGACAUUGGUGGUCCAUGCAAAGCUGGAUUUAUCUAUUGAAACAAAACUUGCUGUAAACAUAACCUUGUAAACUACAUGAUAUUCAGAAGAUCCAAUGCAGAUAGAUUCCUAUCAUUUAUAUAUGACAAUAAAUGUUUGUUUAGACAGUCUCAAGGUCAUUAUUAGUAACUAAGAAAGUAACUGAACGUAUCUGAAAGUAACCGUCCCAACCGACUCUGUGAACUAAAGAAUACUAUUAAUAAUGCAAAUAAAGAUGAUA